GUACAAUGGAAUUCCCUUUUUAGGAGUUCUCUGGAACUUGUCCUCAUGUGAUGCAGUAAAGAUGACAAUCAUUCGAGAUGCUCUAUCAACACUAACUAACACUGUGAUAGUUCCACAUUCUGGAUGGAAUAAUUCUUCCUUUGAUGAUGAUCAUAAAAUUAAAUUCCAGACUUCUCUAGUUCUGCGCAAUACUACAGGAUGCCUGAGGAAUCUAAGCUCUGCAGGAGAAGAGGCAAGGAAGCAGAUGAGGUCUUGUGAAGGGCUGGUUGAUUCUUUGCUAUAUGUGAUCCAUACAUGUGUGAACACAUCAGAUUAUGACAGCAAGACAGUGGAGAACUGUGUGUGCACACUGAGAAACUUGUCCUAUCGCCUAGAAUUGGAGGUACCUCAGGCACGUCUGCUGGGUAUAAAUGAAUUGGGUGACUUGUUAGGGAAAGAAUCACCCAGCAAAGAUUCAGAGCCAAGCUGCUGGGGGAAAAAAAAGAAGAAGAAAAAACGAACUUCACAAGAAGAUCAGUGGGAUGGAGUUGGCCCUAUACCAGGAUUUUCAAAGUCUCCUAAGGGUGUGGAAAUGCUGUGGCAUCCAUCUGUAGUGAAACCAUAUCUAACACUUCUAGCAGAAAGCUCCAACCCAGCUACUUUAGAGGGCUCUGCAGGAUCUCUCCAGAAUCUUUCUGCAGGCAACUGGAAGUUUGCAGCAUAUAUUCGAGCUGCUGUCAGAAAAGAAAAAGGGCUUCCAAUCCUCGUGGAACUUCUGAGAAUGGAUAAUGAUAGAGUUGUUUCUUCUGUGGCAACUGCCUUAAGGAAUAUGGCUUUAGAUGUUCGCAAUAAAGAGCUAAUUGGUAAAUACGCUAUGCGAGAUCUGGUGAAUCGCCUUCCAGGAGGCAAUGGCCCAAGCAUAUUGUCUGAUGAGACUGUAGCAGCAAUCUGCUGUGCUUUGCAUGAGGUCACCAGUAAAAACAUGGAAAAUGCCAAAGCUUUGGCUGACACAGGAGGAAUAGAAAAACUGGUGAACAUAACAAAAGGAAGGGGUGACAGAUCAUCAUUGAAAGUGGUCAAGGCAGCAGCUCAGGUAUUGAAUACAUUAUGGCAAUACCGAGACCUCCGUAGCAUUUAUAAAAAGGAUGGAUGGAAUCAGAAUCAUUUUAUUACACCAGUAUCAACAUUAGAACGAGACAGAUUCAAAUCACAUCCCUCCUUGUCUACAACAAAUCAGCAAAUGUCACCUAUCAUUCAGUCAGUUGGCAGCACAUCUUCAUCGCCAGCACUGUUAGGAAUCAGAGAACCUCGUUCUGAAUACAAUAGGACACAACCUUCUAUGCAGUAUUACAAUAGCCAAGGUGAUGUCAUUACGCAUAAAGACAUAUAUACUGGGUCCAGCAAACCUUCACCAAUUUACAUCAGUUCCUAUUCCUCACCAGCAAGAGAACAAAAUAGACGGCUACAGCAUCAGCAGUUGUACUACAGUCAAGAUGACGCCAACAGAAAGAACUAUGAUGCAUACAGAUUAUAUUUGCAGUCCCCACAUAGCUAUGAAGACCCCUAUUUUGAUGAUCGAGUUCAUUUUCCAGCUACUACAGAUUACAUGACACAAUAUGGACUGAAAUCAACCACAAAUUACGUAGACUUCUAUUCCACUAGGCGGCCCUCUUACAGAGCAGAACAAUACCCAGGGUCACCUGAUUCUUGGGUGUAACAUCAGAAAGUCACACAGAGGGAUGCUAUAGCUUCUAAUCUUGUUUGGGAAGAAAUGGAAUGGCCUGUUUGCUGUUUGGAUGGUGAAAUGUAAAAGUGAAGUGAACGGAGGAACAAGGAGGAGCAUUUUUCAAGGACUUAUCAGGAAGGUGAGAGAGAAAUUGGAAGGGAGAACUUCUUGCUCUGUUUAGACAUUAGAUCUAAUUACUUGUAGUUCCUGUAGUCUGGUGAAGGUGUGGGCGAUGUGAUGAAAGGUUUGAGAAUUGAGUAAAAUGAAUUUGGAAAAAGUGUAGGUCAGAUAAAAUUAAAGCCGAUUUUUAAAAUGUGAAUAAAAGUCUUGUUAUGAUAGUUUGUACAGAAAAAUAAAAUGGAUGCCCUUCUUGUUUUAUUGCUAUUACUAAAUGUUGAGAUUGUAUGCUAUUACGUCUUGUAAAUUUCUUUCAUUGGUGUAAAUAUGGAAACGCCACAUUGGUUAAAAAUGUCAUCAUUUGUUAUGCAGUGUGUCAUUUGAAAACAGAUUUGGAAAGCUGACAUCUUUAAACAGAAAAAGAAAAUAACAAGGAACUCUUAUAAAUUUAAAAAUAUAUCAUUUUUGGUUUUGAAAUGAAUAGUGUAAUUUUGAAGCACAAAGUACAGUCCGUAUAUCUACACUUUUCUCAUUCCCUGCCUCUUUCAUAGGAUACUUCACUGCCAUUUUCUAUGCACAUGGAAGAAAAAUAAAUGUGGAAGUCUCAUCCAUGGAAAGUUGUUCCCUGCUCAUUUUUUAUUUUCUGUGUGUAAUAUACAAAAAUAAGUACAACAAAUAUGAAUUCUAACUGCAUGUUGUAAGAAGUUUAAAUAUCUCACACCAUUUUGGCCAUUUUCCCAGUUUUCUAUCGUUCAUACAUUUAUUAUUUGUCAAGCUGGUAUACCAAAGCAUGAAAUUAUGCACUUGGCUCCCUUGUUUUUUCCUCUAGCCUAGUGUUUUUACUUUCUCUGUUCAGUGAAUCCAGGAUAUUUCACAGUUUUAUUGUGUUUCUGCCAGAAAAAAAGUUGGAAUAGAUUUAAGCCCCUUCUUUUACUUCACAGAAAUUUCAUCCAGCAAGCUGACGAUCUGGCCCAUAUUCCACUUGCUCCGUUUACAAUUCUUGUGUAAAAAACAGUAAUAAAUUUUACACAUUUGUCCCAUGCCAUUGAUGCUAUUAACCUUCUUCUAUGCGUUUAUUAUAAUAUUCAUUUGCCAUUGUUUCACUUUAUAGAGCUCAAAGUGCUUUACAAGUAUCCCCAUUUCACUGUUGGGGUAAUUGCGGCACAGAAAGGCGAACUGAAUCACACAGCAAGCGAACAGAUAGAAUCCAGUUUUCCUGACUCUGUCUCCUAGAACACCGCUGCCUCUGUGUUAGUGAAUGAAAAAUUCCCAACAAAAUUAAUAACAAGUUAUAGGCCAAACUCUGACAGCUCUGGAGCCCAUCCCCCUCACAGAUUACCGUAUGGUUGCAUACGUAUAAUCAUGGGCACAAUUUGUCUCCCAUGUCUGCAGACGGUGCCUUCUGUUUCCAAAAAGAUCUAUUUUUAAUGCAGAAUGUCUUAAUUUAUUCCAUUUUUAGUCUAUUGUUAUUAGGAGCCACCUCCAAACAGAUCAUUUAGCAGGCUGUUAAUUAACUGUCAUCAUAGCAAUUUACAACUCUUGGGUGCAGAGAAUAUAGCCCAAAAGGUGGUAAUUCCACUAAACCACGCCUACGGGUUACUCAUAUGUUUGUAUGUAUUGUCUGUUUAAAAAAUUGACUGUAAACAUCUAAAUGUGUGGUGAUGGGCUCUGUACAAAUAUCUAAUAAAAUAAUAUCUCAGUGCUA